GCUUUACUUGUAAUGGCGUCGUUUUGUUUAGAUGUUCACGGAAACCCGUCUGGAGUGAGGCUUCUGUCCUUCCUCCUGAUCUGGGGACACACGGCGGCUUAGCUGGGCUCUGCUUCCAUGUCUCACCGACUCUCUCCGCUUGUUAUCGCCGUAAACUCGUCAGCUCCGGGCUGUGGACAUGCUCCGGUUUUGGUACAGAGCGGUGGUGGGACUCUGGCUUAUCCCGGGCUGCCUGGGAGCCGCGGCUCGGCUGUAUACGGAGGAGGACCCGCUGGUGAUCCUGAGCAGCGGCAACCUGACGCCCACCGUCAGCAACUCGUCGUCGGCCUGGCUGGUCCAGUUCUACUCCUCGUGGUGCGGACACUGCAUCCAGUACUCCAGCACAUGGAAGACGCUGGCCCAGGACGUCAAAGACUGGCAGCGGGCUAUCAGUGUUGCUGUGUUGGACUGUGCUCAGGAGGAGAACUUCGACAUCUGUAAAGACUACGGCAUCAAGUUCUAUCCCACUUUCAAAUAUUUUCGAGCUCACAGUCCACAGACAGACAAAGGGACGACCUACAGAGGGGCAGACCGUGAGGUCCAGUCUGUAAGACGGCUGAUGGUCAACAUCCUGCAAAACCACACCCGGCCAGACCGGCCUGAUAACUGUCCUCCCUUAGAAGCUCACAGCUCAGCGGACUUGCUGCCUCUGCUGGGUCAGAGGUCAAAUCACUACACUGCCAUCGUUAUAGAGGAUCCUGACUCCUACAUAGGACGAGAGGUGAUCCUGGACCUUCUGCAAUUCUCAGGUGUGGAGGUGAGGAGGGGUCUGAGCUCAGAUCGCCCCCUGCUGGAUGCCCUGAAGAUUACGGUCUUUCCCUCUGUGUACCUGCUGCACCCCAACGGGUCGCAAACACGCCUGCAUGUUGAGAAGCGCCUGCGCUGCUUUUUCUCCUCCUCUUUGAGGCUGUUACCUGGAGUCCAGCGCAGGCACUGGUCAGACAGCAGCGGUUUCAGGACGAGUCAGAUGGUGGCACUGACACCCAAACAGAGCAACAAUCCCUGGAGAGACUUCGACAGGUCAAAGGUGUACACAGCUGAUCUGGAGUCAGGGCUUCACUAUCUGCUGAGAGUGGAACUGGCCACACAUAGCAGUUUAGAGGGGGAGGAGCUGAAGAUCUUCAAGGACUUUGUCACUUUGGUCACAAAGCUGUAUCCAGGUGGGGGCUCAGUGGUGAAGUUGAUGGAGACUCUGUCUGAUUGGCUGCUCAGUCUGCCGCUGCAGCGAAUCCCCUACCAGGCCAUCUUGGACCUGGUGGACAACAAGAUGAGGAUCUCAGGUGUGUUCCUGGGGGCGGAGCUUCGCUGGGUUGGCUGUCAGGGCAGUGGGGCGGGGCUCCGUGGUUACCCAUGUUCCCUCUGGACUCUGUUCCACGUUCUAACGGUUCAACAUGAGACCAGGCCUAUGGCUCUGGACAACACAGGUCUGGAGGCCGAGGCGGCUCCGGUGCUGCAGGUGAUGCGUCGCUACAUCAGGACGUUCUUUGGUUGUGAGGAGUGUGGUCGACACUUUGAACAUGCAGCAGCCGCUAGUAUGGACAGAGUCCAGAACCGGGAGCAGCAGAUUCUGUGGCUGUGGAACCAGCACAACAUGGUCAACUACAGACUGGCUGGCUCUCUAAGUGAUGACCCGCUGUUUCCUAAAGCUCCGUGGCCAAGCCCCGCCCUCUGCGCCUCCUGCCAUGAGGAGAAAGAUGGGGUCCAUGUUUGGAACCAAGACAAUGUGUUCCGGUUCCUCCUACAUCAUUAUGCAGCCUCCAACUUGUCCCCCUAUCAUUCGCUGACUCCUCCACACCUCCCUGCACAACCUCCAAACCCUGAAGCUGUAGAAACUGCCCGACCGCAGGAAGAGCAGCGACAGAGGACAGAACCAGAGCAGAACCAUGAGAAUCACCCAGGACCUGGAGCUAGACACCAGGCCCACAAGGGGGAGGUGGCUGGGCUCAUAAGGGAGGGAGGAGCAGGGGGGGGUGUAUGGAUCCUCGGCCUGGGCUUUAACAGUGUGGACAUGAGUCUCUGUGUGGUGCUAUACAUCUGCUCCUGCCUCUUCCUCAUGCUCCUCUUCUUCUUCUUUAAAGUCCGAUCCAGGAGAUGGAAACUCCGACAUUCCCGACUCCACGUUUGACCUGAUUCAGACUGGUUCAGAAGCUGAACAGUGCCAAGCUCUGUCAUUAGCGAGUCAGAGCCAUUGUCUGAUGCAUUUAGUUCAGGACCGGUUCUGACACGAGGGACUGUUCUCAUGAAUGGUGAUAAAUCUGUGAUUUAUUUAUUUUCAGUUCAAUUCUAUUCAACAGUUGUCAGAAGAAACCAGAACUGCACAUGGGCCCAGGGCUUUUGUGCUCUAGAAUACUCCAUCAUUCUGUUGUAUGUAUUUUGACUCUCACUCGCUCCUAUAAGAAUUCAAAUGGUUCUGCUCUCAGGUCCAAAUGGUCUCUUUCCAACCAUCACAGUGGCAUCAGUCUCUACACCCAUACAUGAACGUCUGUCACUUCUCAUUGAAUUUUGUGAUAAAAGGAACAAAAUAACCCUGAAUGGAAAUGUGUGCUGUACCUUGAGGCCAUUUGAUGUCAUUCGUUCCGUGUCCAGCAGGGGGCGAGCUUAACCUGACCCACCUCCCACUAAAGGAUCUUCUAAAACUUGGGCGGUGCCAGAAACACAGAAAGCGUCAGCAGGGUUGAUAGGAUGAAAACUUGUGUAAUCUGGUACCGCUUCCCAGCUGGGCAGGUUUGGGAUUUCAUGGCGCCGAUGUGACACCUGCUUUGGAUUUAUUUAUUUUUACUCCAAAUCCAGAUUUGUCACACCUGGACUGGUCCGGACCCUCUGAACUGCGUUCCUCAGAGACAGUAGGAGACCUGGAGUCAGGCAGGUUCUGCUGGAGGUAGUUCAACCUGCUGCCAGCGACGCAUCCGUUCUGUCUUCCGCCCUGUGAAACUGUUACAGCUACCAUUGAUCAGCUGUGCUUUCAACUGUAAAUGUGAAAUAAAUGUUUUGCAUUGGAAACUGAGCAAAGAUGUAAGAAAGAAGCAGAUGACAUUUCCUUCCUACAGGUGUCUGAUGGCACGGACCCAGCUCCUCAUCCUCUGCUUUACUGUACUGAAGGAAGCGGACGAUGGGUCAGAACCUUGAAGCUUGUGACGGACCACAUCUUAGGUGGGUGAAAGUCGGUGAACGUUAAUAUUUGCCCCUUUGACUUUUGUCGACAUGACACCAGCCCAUGCUCGGCUUCUUUCAUUUUGUUCCUCAGUGUGGAAUCAGACACUGAUUCAGAGUUAUAGCCUCAGUAAAGAUCAAUCUGGCUCAUCCAGAAUCCACCCAGACCAUAAUCCGACCUCCUCUCCGCUUCAACCAUGAGUUUGUACAGUAUGGAUCCUAAACUGAUCAUUUCCUUCUGGUUCUGUUCUUCUCAUCACGUUUUGUGGCUUGUUUCUGUGAGGUCCCACUGGUCGUUCUGGUUCUGAAUCUUGUGUUCCUGUUCAGAUGGUGAACCUUAACAUAUCAAGUCAUUAGGAGGCAAAAGUACUGAAGAAACCUGGAAAGAAACACAUUCCAUACACACAGUCAUGGAAAGAACCGUAGUGUGGUUGCACCAUGAAGCAAAAUCCUGGUCCAGAGGAUGACGUCCAGGAACAUUUGUUUCUAUUCCCCCCAUCUUUUAAUUUAGCUUUUGUUCUAUUAGAAAUAAUGUUUUCCUUCAAAUGUGUUCCUGGAUAUAAGUUGGUCUGCAUUAAAAUUAUUUAGCUUUG